CACAUGCACAGACACCGUGAACAAUUGUGAAUUAUUUACAUUUUUGAACUAAACCACACGUGCAUUUGCGGAAAAACUAAAGAAAUAAUUGGGAAUUCGGUCGAAAAAUGGCAGUGAAAAAGAAAAUCAAAAUCAGCCAUGUGAAGCACUCACAACACUUGAAACACAAGAAAAAUUACACAAAACCGCUGAAGAAGAAGGAACAACUACAGGCCAGUCAGAACUCUAAGCUACAGAGCAGCAAUGCCAAAGGCGGUAAGAAAAAAGUGUUUGGGAAGCCGACUGGCACGAGUUCUCAUAAAAAGAAGCGAACGGUACAAAGUGUUCCGGUGGCUGUGACCGAAACUGAAAUGGACGACGACACCGUUCAGGAUAUUUUAGAAAAUGUUGCAAUGGAUGAUGACGGUCACGAUACAUCCAGGCUCAAAUCGAAAAAACGCAAACGGCUAGCAGCCGAUUAUGAUGCGGAAGAUGAGGCCAAAAAUGCGAAACAUUUCGAAAAGGAAUAUGCACAAAUGACGCUGGCUGAAGAGAAAACGAAAAAACGGGUCGUGAGUUUGUUGCCAAUCAAAACGAAGGCUGGCGAGGUUGUUACAAGAACAGCCGAGAUGGAAUACAAGGACCGUGAGGAAGAGAAUGAAUCCGACGAAGAGGAAGAUGAAGAAGAAGAGAUUGAAGAGGAGGUUGACUCGGACGACGAUAUUAUUAAAGAUAAUGUGGCGAUGUCAACCGACCUUGCAGAAUUGUCAAAGAACGCCGUGUCCACGGCUGAUUUGUUGAUCUAUCGAGAGCAGGAAAUUGCCCGACAAAAGUAUCGCAUCGGAAUCAUUUGCUCUGGGAUACUCGAGAAACCAGAAGACAAGAUGAAGAACUUUUCAGCUCUUUUCGAGUUAAUGAGCGAACGUAGUGGUGACCAGACCAAUCUGGUGACGGUUCGAAAAAUUGCCGCCUUGUCAUUGCUCGAGGUAUUCAAAGAUAUUCUGCCCGAGUACAGAAUCGGCCAAUUGAAUUUGAGAAUGCAGACCGUUCGCAAAAACACCAUGGAACGCAUAACCUACGAGAACAAUCUGCUGGAUCAGUUCAAAAAAUAUUUGCAGAAAUUGGAGAAAAUGUCAACGCUGCUGACCAAGAGACAAAAUGCCAAUCGCCAGUUCAGCCAGGAAAAUAUUAAAUUGGGAGAGACAGCCGUCAUCUGCUUGUGUGACCUGCUCACCGCUCAUCCGUACUUUAAUUUCGGACAAAAUAUAGCGCAACUGUUGGUCUAUCUGCUGAAUAGCAAUUUUCCAUCGACCAGAGCGAGGAUAUUGAAAUGUUUCGAAGAAAUAUUCCAAAACGACAAGAAAUUCGAUUUGACGUUGUAUAUCGUUCGUCGACUCAACCAUCUCAUCAAAUCUAAGUCAAAUAAUGUCCAUGUGGAGGUGUUAACCUGUCUGCUCUCUCUGCAAAUCAAAAGUAUCAAUUUGGACGUUGAAAAGGAAACCGAACUGAAGCAGAAAAAAUUGGAAGCGCACAAGGCCCGUUUGAUGAACAUGUCGAAAAAGGAGAAGAAACGCCACAAGAAACUGUCCCAGCUGGACAAAGAAUUGCAGGAGACGAAAGCCGAGGAGAAUAAGCAAACGAAGCAUUAUAAGCUGACCGAAAUAACGAAAAUGGUUUUCACGAUUUAUUUUCGCAUUUUGAAGAAUGAUCCCAAUUCACAGCUGUUGAGUGCUACACUGGAGGGACUGGCUGAAUUUGCCCAUGUCAUCAAUUUGGAGUUUUUCUCCGAUUUGGUCGAGGUGCUGAACAACAUCAUGGAAAUGGACGAACUCGGUUAUCGUGAAGAAUUGCAUUGCAUUCAAACGGUGUUCACAAUACUUUCCGGUCAGGGAGAAGUUCUGAACAUCGAUCCGCUACGAUUUUACGGCCAUCUCUAUCGCAAUCUUCUCGUAGUGAAUGCUGGCAAAAAUCACACCGAUUUCCUCAUCAUUCUACGAACGCUGCACGAAGUUCUGGUGAAACGUCGCAAAAAUAUCACACACCAUCGGAUGCUAGCGUUCGUCAAACGAAUCGUAACGCUCAGUUUACAGUUGCUGCACAAUGGCACCCUUGCCGGCUUAGGAAUUGUGAAACAAGUGAUGCAAUUGACAUCGUCAUUGGAAAUCAUCCUGGACACAGACGCCGAUAUCGGUUCGGGUCGAUACAAUCCGGAAUUGGACGAUCCGGAAUACUGUAACGCCAAUUGUACGGCGUUGUACGAAUUGACCACACUCAGUCGACAUUAUCAUCCAACGGUUAGAAAGAUGUCGCAGCAUAUAGCAUCUGGAGUUCCAGCCACAGGUGAAGGCAGUUUGAAUCCAGAAAUCGGUAAACUGUCAGCCGUGGAUCUUUACGACAAAUAUGACAGUUCACUAAUGUCAUUCAAUCCGGCGAUUCCAACUCCACGUCCGCAAGAGUUUAAAGACAUGAAAGGGCGACAUUUCUACAUUAAUGACACGUUCAAGACGGAAUGUGAAAACCAGCUGAAUUGCCGUCUGAACGGAGAUGGCAAUAUUCUGAAUUUCCUCGCUGAUUUUACUAAAUGAAAAAAUCAAUAAAAUUUGGUGGGGAAGUA